UUUUUAAAAUGGCCGCUUUAAAUCGAAUCAAGAUUGUUUUUAAUUAUAAAUUACAGAAAAACUUAAGAUUUCAGCACAAGUACACAAAUCAAACCUAUUCUCUGAACAGGAGACAUCUUUCUUCUUCAAUUGUAAAUCCAUUGUUGUCUAGCAAUCCUCAAAAUCCAGUUGAUAAAGUAACAAAUAUUCCCCUAACACAUUCAAUUCCAUGGCUUGCUAAUCCACAGUAUGCGAUACCGACAACAGAUCAGCAUGACACCAAGGUUACGAAACUUGAGAACGGAUUGCAGGUGGCCACUCAGGCAAAGUUUGGCAUGUUUUGCACAGUUGGAGUGUUAAUUGACUCUGGAUCACGAUAUGAGGUGCAUCACAAAAGUGGGACUAGUCAUUUCCUUGAAAAACUUGCUUUCUCGUCGACGUCUAAAUUUCCAAACAAAGAUGCCAUCUUGCAAACGUUGGAGAACCAUGGAGGGAUAUGUGAUUGCCAAGGAUCAAGGGAUACGUUGAUAUAUGCAGUGUCCGCAUCGGCGGAUGGCUUACCUGAUGUGGUCGAACUCUUGUCACAAGUCACUCUCAAGCCCAGCAUAACAAAUGAAGAGAUCGAGUAUGCUCGCCAGGCCAUCGAGUUUGAACUUGAAUCCAUCAACAUGCGGCCUGACCCUGAACCUCUCCUCGUCGAACUCAUCCACUCUGCAGCCUAUGUGAACAACACCUUGGGUCUUCCGAAGAUGUGUCCUGCAGAGAAUGUGUCCCAGAUCGAUCGAGGCACGAUCUUGAACUACUUCAAUCAGUAUCACACUCCUGAGCGCAUGGUUCUUGCAGGUGUUGGUGUUGACCAUGAGGAACUGGUGGCUCUCGCUCGCAGACACUUCACUUCGCAGCCCACGUGGACAGGCGACCCUGUUGUCAACACACAUCCAAAGAAUAAGGAUCUAUCUGUUGCCCAGUAUACUGGAGGAAGUAGGGAGGUGGUGAAGGACCUGUCAGACGUCAGCCUCGGUCCCACUCCCAUGCCCGAACUGGCUCAUUUCGUUGUUGGUCUGGAAAGUUGUUCCCACAAACAUGAAGACUUCGUAGCGACGUGCGUGCUGAACAUGCUGAUGGGGGGUGGAGGGUCGUUCUCCGCUGGAGGACCGGGCAAGGGAAUGUACACCAGACUCUACCUCAACGUACUCAACAGACAUCACUGGAUCCACAAUGCCACGGCAUUCAACCACGCCUACAAUGAUUCAGGUCUGUUCUGCAUACAUGCCAGUUCACAUCCAUCCAGUUUGAAAGAGCUGACAGAUGUGAUCCUGCGUGAACUGGUUAACACGCAGAACGACAUCUCACCUGAUGAACUGAACAGAGCCAAGACUCAACUGCAGUCCAUGUUACUCAUGAACUUGGAGGCCAGACCCGUCGUUUUUGAAGAUGUCGGCAGGCAAGUCCUCUCCAAUGGCAAACGAAUGCCAUCUGAGUACUACUGCGACUUGAUACAGAAGAUAACAGAGGCUGACGUCCAACGAGUGGCUCGGAAGAUGCUGACCAGCAGACCUUCAGUUGCUGCCCUCGGCAACCUCAACGAACUACCCAAGUACGACGACAUCAGGAAUGUCAUCAACAGUCACAUUGGAAGUUUAUCAAAAAGAUUUUCUCUCUUCAGAUCAUCGUAGUUCAUUUUCGUCUGAUCGCCAAUGAACUGUCGUGUCGUUCGUUUGUCAGUCAAAUGGUUCAGUAGUUAUUUGAUUGAAGAAAAAAAUUGACGAGUUUUGCGUUGUUAACUGAUUUAUUGUUACUUUAUUAAUAAUUGCAAAUGUACAUAACUCAAUCCAACAAUAUGCAAUGGCUUUUAAUUAUUGCAACAAUUAAUUUCCUUUGUUGAUUCGUUGUGCGCUGAAAUUGUCGAGAAAUCCAUCUGAUAUUAUUUAAUGUUUGAAAUGAUUUGCAGUUUCCCCUGUUUUGUUUUCACUUUUUGAAGCUACAAAUUCAUAGCCAACCAACGCGCUCCAUUUUCGCAAAAAAAGUUGUUGAACAUUUAAUAAUUUAGCGUUUUCGACAAUUUAUAUCAACUGUUAUUCCGGGAAGAGGCUACGUUCGUAUAAUAAAUAAGCAUCUGUCUGUUUUCCUUAAACCUGUAAAAUCCGUGAUUGAUUAAAGUCGCGCAGACACUGACCCGCGUUAGAUUUGAUUAAAUGUUCUAGCUCUAGAUUGUAGUUAAUUGAUGAAUUAUCUCUUAUCUAAUGCUUUUAUUUUAUUAUUUUAUAAUAAAUUUAAUUUCGCGUUAAAUUAUACAUCUGGGUAAUUAAUCACUGACGGUUGAAAACUUCUACAAUGUUUGUGAAUAAAUAUCUUUAUUCUAAGUUAUU